CUCUGUAGUUUUACGCCAGUUGGACAUGGGGGGAGGCUUCUACGUCAGUAAGGUUGCUGGGGUGGUGGGCAUUGUGUUUGGUGCAGGGGCAGUGGCCACCAUCAUUGCGUUGGCAGUCGUUUAUUCUCAAGAGGUAGCCAAAAACGAGGCUGUCAGUCCGACUAAUGGAGGUUCUACUGUCAAGCCACAGGUCACCACACCUGUCAUAACCACAACUGCGCCCUCAAAUGAACCAUGGGACAAGUACCGUCUCCCAGACACUCUGAAGCCUGACCACUACAACCUGACCCUGUGGCCUCGACUCACCAUCAACGCACAAGGCCUCUACAUCUUCACAGGGAAAUCCUAUGUGGUCUUCCAAUGUGUGAAGGAGACAGACCUGAUCCUCAUACACUCCAACAAGCUGAACUACACCAAGUGGGAUGAUGGCCAUCUGGCUAAACUGACUGCUCUCGGUAGCACACCCGCACCAACCAUAAAGAAAUCCUGGCUACAGCUAACGACUCAGUUCCUGGUAUUGGAACUGAAUGGCAAGUUAGCUGCAGGAGCAUCCUACCAGCUGGACACAGUGUUUGUUGGGGAGCUGGCUGAUGACUUGGGAGGCUUUUACAGGAGUGUAUAUAUGGAGGAGGGAGAACAAAAAGUUGUUGCAACAACUCAAAUGCAGCCCACAGAUGCCAGGAAAGCCUUCCCCUGUUUUGAUGAGCCUGCAAUGAAAGCCAUCUUCCACAUCACACUCCUUCACCCCCCUGAGACAGUGGCCCUGUCCAACGGCAUGGAGCAUGCUCCUGUUCCAGUCAAUGAGGUGGGGCCCGAGGGGCCCGUGAUUGUUUGGAGGACAUCUUUCGACGAAACAAAGAAAAUGUCAACAUACUUGUUGGCAUUUAUUGUCAGUGACUAUGACUAUAUUAACAGCACAAUAGACAGUGUUCUGAUCCGGAUCUAUGCCCGCAAAAAAGCCAUUGCUGAUGGACAAGGAGAGUACGCCCUCAAUACAACAGGACCAAUCCUGAAAUUCUUCGAAAAAUAUUACAAUGCCACCUACCCUCUGCCAAAGUCAGACCAGAUUGCUUUGCCUGACUUCAAUGCUGGAGCAAUGGAGAACUGGGGACUCAUUACAUACAGAGAAACAGCCCUCUUGUACGACCCUAAGAUGUCCUCCAAUUCAAACAAAGAAAGGAUCGCCACCAUUAUUGCUCAUGAACUGGCCCACAUGUGGUUUGGAAACCUUGUGACACUGAGGUGGUGGAAUGAUCUGUGGCUUAAUGAGGGCUUUGCGUCCUACGUAGAAUAUCUUGGGGCCAAUGACGCAGAGCCUGACUGGAAUGUUAAAGACCUGAUAGUUCUGGGUGAUGUGCACAGGGUGUUUGCAGUAGAUGCUCUGGUCUCAUCUCACCCCCUGUCCUCCAAAGAGGAGGACAUCCAGAAGCCUGAACAAAUCAGUGAACUGUUUGAUGCCAUCUCUUACAGCAAGGGAGCAUCAGUGUUGAGAAUGCUCUCUGAUUUCCUGUCUGAAGAUGUCUUCUCCAAAGGACUCAGCACAUACCUGAACACGUUUGCCUAUGAUAACACAGUGUAUACCAACCUCUGGGAUCACCUCCAAAUGGCAGUAAACUCCACUGGCACUGGUGUGUCACUUCCCACCGGCCAAACUGUGCAUAGCAUCAUGAACCGCUGGGUCCUUCAGAUGGGUUUCCCAGUGGUCACCAUAAACACAGCCACUGGAGAGAUCUCCCAGAAGCACUUCCUUCUGGACCCUGCCACUGCGGGGAGUGCACCACCAUCUGACUUCAAUUAUGAGUGGAUAGUUCCAAUCAGGUGGAUGAAGAAGGGAGUUGUACAGCAACAGACAUGGCUAGAGAACACAAAUGCUAAUAAGCCUGAAAUGAGAGUCACUGGGGACGACUGGAUUCUGGCCAACCUUAACGUCUCUGGAUACUAUAGGGUUAACUAUGAUAACACCAACUGGGAACGUCUCCUUACUGUACUGAACAGCAGUUCUGAGUCUAUUCCAGUUAUCAACAGAGCUCAGUUGGUGGAUGAUGCUUUUAACCUUGCAAGGGCAAAAUAUAUCGACACAACAUUAGCCUUGCGAACAACGAAGUAUCUCAGAAAUGAAAGGGAAUAUAUGCCGUGGGAGUCAGCGCUUGACAACUUGGACUUUUUCUACCUCAUGUUUGAUCGGAGUGAAGUCUAUGGGGAUAUGCAGGCUUACCUAAAAUAUCAAGUAGAACCACUUUUUAAGUACUUCGGGGAUAUCACUGGAAACUGGAGUAAAGUACCCUCUGGACAUAUGGAACAGUACAACCAGGUGAAUGCCAUCAGGGUGGCCUGCAGCACUGGUAUGGAAGAGUGCCAGAUUCUGACUAAAGACUGGUACAGUCAGUGGAUGAAUGACGCUGCAAACAAUCCGAUACACCCCAACUUGAGGACGGCAGUGUACUGCAGUGCUAUUGCUGCAGGGGGGGCUGCGGAGUGGGAAUUUGGUUGGAAGCAGUUCAAGGCUGCCACCAUCGCAAUUGAGGCAGACAAGCUUCGAUCUGCCCUGGCCUGUACCAAGCAGCCCUGGCUACUCAACAAGUACCUGGAAUACACCCUGGAUGCAACCAAAAUUCGCAAGCAGGAUGCCACCUCUACCAUUGUUUACAUUGCAAGCAAUGUGGUGGGCCAGUCUCUGGCCUGGGACUUUAUGAGAGACAGAUGGAGUUACAUCUUUACUCAGUACGGUGGUGGGUCUUUCUCCUUCUCCAAUCUCAUCAAUGGUGUGACCAAGAGGUUCUCAACAGAAUUUGAGCUCAAACAGCUCAAGCAAUUCCAGGCGGACAACUCUGAGGUUGGCUUUGGCUCAGGUACCUUGGCAGUUUCACAGUCCAUUGAGAGGACAACAGCUAACAUCAAAUGGGUGGCAGAGAACAAGGACAGAGUGCAGGCAUGGUUUAAAGGAGAGGCUCCUACAUCAUAAGGGUCACAUGGAGAAACAAACACCUGUCCAUUUACUUAUUUUCUAAGACCUAUCCAAAAGCUAUGUUCCCUGUGUCUCUUUAACAGUUAAGGACAAUUUUGAUUCUAAAGCUAUCCUGCCACUUAAUCAGAAAUACUAUGUAUGAAUUUAAAUAUGCUUUUUCUAGCAAAGACUAAAUACAUUUUGAUACAUGCCUGCAUGCUGAAUAACUUUUUUUUGAAGGUUAUUUUUUAUCAUAGUAUAUUUUGCUUAAGUCAAUACUGUUAAUAUUUGUAGAUAUUUGAAGACAGUAACUGUCUACAAUGCUGAUUUGUUAUAAAACACUGUGGUUUAUUGUUGUGAAAAUAAUACACUUGUUUUACACUGCA